CGGUCCGAAUUAACGUCGCGAUUGGUUCAAAAUCCAUAACUGGCCUCUGAGAGCCAGGUGUCGUUCACACCGCGGCCUCGCGCCUCGUCUCGUUAAUCACUCUUGUUCGCUAUUGUACAGCCAUCUUUGUCAUAUUACGGGCGAUUUAAUUACAAUAUUUCAGUUUGUUUAUUUUAAUCAAAUGGAACAAAACGCGUUAAUUGUGUUACAAACGUUUCAUGCUGAGGAAUCGUGUGCAUUUUCUACAUUCUCUUUUGUUUCAAUAGUAGCAUGCAUGACGCUUCGUUGAAUGGAAGCGUUACGACUACGCGUUAUUAACCAGUUACCAAUAAAAUGAUGGAUGAUGCUACCUUUUGCAAAAAGAGUGCUAAGUAAUUAAUUAACUAGUUAAUGUGAAGGAUGGUGUUAGUGUUUGUAUUUGGAUGAACUAGUGAUGAAAACUGCGUCGUAAUUUUGGUGUAUACAUUGCAUAAAUGAGUGAAAUGGCGUUGCGGAGCGCGCGGGCCGGAGCAUGCGCGCCAGUUUCUUCGUGUUUGCUAAAAACGCACUGAGUGUCCUUCGUAUACGUGUAAAUCAAAAUGGGAAGGUCGAGAUUCCCUGGAAAACCAUUAAAAUUUCAAAACAGAAAGCGUAUUAGUGUGCUGUCGGGUACUGUUUACCAUGAGAAUGCUCCAGAGAAUCACCCGCCUGCCCGCGGCGGGUCUACAAAUGAUUUUAUCGGGGAGAAAGAGGAGGAGGAAAAGAAAGAAAAUAAUAAUGAGAAGGAACCAAAUGAACCCAGUGAAAAUAAAGUAACUUUGAACCAAGAUACUAAUAAUCAAGAUAAAAACAAUCCUGAUUCAUCAAAAUCCCCAGUGCGAACAAGAUCACAAAACAAAAUGGAACCAGCUAAAGGCGAAAAACCAAAACCAGUGAAGAAAACUGUCACAUUUGGCACUGUAGAGAGUUGUGAGGAUAUAUUCCUGCCACUUAAGAAGAUCCCAAAACAUCAUGCCCCUCUUGUACCUAUUAUAAAAAAGAGAUCUUCAUUGAAAACAACAGAUUAUUCAAGUAUUCUGAAACCUGCUAAACUAACAGACUUGAGCUCUAAAUCUACAUCAGAACAUCAAGAAGGAUACUUGAGAAAAAAUUUGAACCCUCUAUCAAAGCCAAUGAACAAAUUUUCUCAGUUUAAUGAAUCUCGAUGUGUUUCACCACCUCCAAGAAACACAUCACCAUUAGAUAAAGAAACUGCAAAUGGUAACCGAUUUGUAUUACCAGUGAGGAGUGCUCACUCAUCUCGAGUCAUAAAACCUAACAAAAGAUUCAUUGAUGGUGAAGAACAGUCUGGCAUCACUAGCAGUAUAUCUUCUGGUAAACUACUUAAAAAGCCUAAACUCAAAAGAUUGGUGUUUAAUAACUUAUGUGAUAACGAUGAUGAGUCUCCAGAUGACGAGUCUGAAAAACAUAAUGAUAAUGUGAAGUGUAGUGAAAAGAGCUCAUUGAAACCAUCAAGUCUUUUUAAAGAUAAAACAUCCAAGUCAUUCUCUAGUCUCACCGUUAUUUCUAGAAAACCUGCGCAUGACUUGUUUGCAUAUGAAAAAGACCCUGAACACUCACAGGAUGAGAACUCUAAUUUAGAAGGAUUAGAAAAGCUGAAAUCAACAGAAACAAAAGAAGACCGAGCUGGUCAUGCUUUAAGAAAAUUAAUGGAUAUAUCAGAUGCCAGUAGCUCAAGCAGCACAAGUAGUGGUUCAGAAUCUGAGGAUAGUUUUGAAAGUGACAGUGCUGAAGGAACUGGUGAUGAAGAAGAUAAACAAAAUGCACCAAGCCCUGAAAAAGAAAAGUCUCCAGCAUCACAACUUUUGAGCGGUAAGGUGAUUAUUAGAGAAGCUAGGCUACAACUGAGCUCACCAGCUUUGUCCACAACUGGAUUAGAUGGACCAUUUUCUACACUUACAUCACUAUCAACUAAUAAUCCUCCAACAACUGUGACAUGUGGUGUUUGUGGAGCAGUAAGAUUCUAUAGGUUUGUGAAGCAAGCAAGGAAGUUUGGAAUUUACUCUUGUGAGUCUUGUCGCAAAUUUAUAUCAAAGAUGUUGAAGAAGGAAAAACUAUCCCAUCGGACAGGCCCCAUAGUAAUGCAAUGCUUAAAAGGAGAAGGAAAUUGCCAGGUACCACCAAUAGUAAGGUCACAACAGUGGAAGUUAUUGCGAUGCACUAAUAGAGCUCGUUGCCCAGCAUGUUGGUUGAAAUUGUGUUUGAAGGCAUUCCAAGUACCACCCAGCAUUAGAACUGGUCUUACAGCAUUAUUGCCGCCAUACAUGAGAGGUGUUAUUUCUCCAGGGCCAUUGCCUUUGACACAAGCUAACCCUCUAAGGAUAUGUUCAAACACUGCUGUACCAGAAAAACCUUCUGUUUUCACUUUGCCUGACAAUGAAAAUAAGCUAUUUGGUACAAUGAAAUCAUCUAAAAAGCCAGUUGAAGAAAUUGAGAAAGUUGAGGAGAAAGUGAAUAAAGAGCCACCAGAAGAAGAACAAAAAGUAACAGAUGACUUUAAUUCCAACAAAAAACGUCGACUUACAAGGGUGAAAGUCAGAAAGAAAGAGAAAAAUGAAUCCAAGCAAAUUGAGGAUCCCAAACGACAGAAAGUGGAACUGAAAGGUCCAAGAGUAAAGCAUGUUUGUCGCAGUGCAUCAAUAGUUUUAGGGCAACCAAUAGCAACAUUUCCUACUCAAGAAGAGAAAGAAAAGCAGGAUAAGAUCCCAUUGGCUGCUGAAGAUGGUGUACCUACUAUUGAAAAAGAGGCCCUCGAUGUUUCAAGUUGUGAAUCUGAAGCUGAAUCUGAGAACAAAGCUCCGGAAAUUGAACCUCAGGUAGUGUUAGAACCUCCUAGAGUGAAGGAGAGUGAUACGGAAUUGCAAGUUGAAGUGAAAAAGAGAAAAAUUGAGACAAACACUCCAGUGAAAUCACAGACCAAAGCUGAGUCUAGUGAAGAUGAAACUGUGAUUGAUCUUGUGCCAAGGAAGACAACAUUGAAAAUUCUUACUAAUAUCACAAAUAUUCGCGGGAGAACACAGAAGUGUGGGCAAAAUCAUCCUGAUUUAAUCUGUGUUGAUUUUUGGGAAAGUUAUGAUCCUGAUGAAGUUUGCAGUUCAGGUUUUGGCCUCAUUGGCACAGCACCAUUUACGGUUGCGAGGCUUUGUUUCCUGUGUGGUAGUGCAGGAAGAGAAAAUAUGGUGGCGUGUACGAGCUGCUGCGAGUGGUAUCACAGUUGGUGCGCGGAAGACGCGAUGGGCGCGCGCGGAUGGACCUGCGCUCGGUGUGCGUCGUGCGCCGCCUGCGGCCGGUCCGCCGCCCGCCGCCGCUGCCGCUCGUGUGCGGCGCACUACCAUGCCACCUGUCUGCCUGCGCCACCUCCCGACCACCGCAGCGAUUGGCCCCAGAUAUGCAGCGCGUGUUUGAAGUGCAAAAGUUGCGACAGCAGUCGAGUCAGUAAAUUUGUGGGGAGCCUGCCGUUUUGCGGACCGUGUUUCAAGUUGCGUCAAAAAGGAAAUUAUUGCCCGCUUUGUCAAGCCUGCUACAGGGACAAUGACUUUGAUAGCAAGAUGAUGGAGUGUGGUUGGUGUGGAAGAUGGGUACAUGCCAGCUGUGAAGGUUUGUCAGGUGAAGGCUAUCAACUGCUCUCAGCUUUACCCCCGUCCAUAGAAUACAUCUGCUGCAAGUGUAUGCCUCACGACCCUCCAUGGAGGAAGAUGCUCACGGAACACCUAAAAGGGCGACUUUUACAUCUACUAAAGCUUCUUGCCAAGAACAAAAAGGCUUGUGCGUUGCUAAAACUCACUCCGCACAAAAAUACCCCAGUACCCAAUAAACCAUACAGGAUAACAUCCCCGCAAGCGAUAAGAAAGUUGCACUUUGACGGCGCAGAGGAUGCGAUGAAGAAUACAACAGAGACUAAAGUCUACAGAAAUACUGCAAGAGGGCGGCGUAAUAAUUUUGGUCAGACAAAAUGCGAUGAUCCCCAUUCAUUUCAGACAAUAUGGCAAUGCUCUUCAUUGCUCAGUGAUGUUGAAAUGAAUAAGGAAGAUAUACCACAUCAAUCUCACAAGGUUGUAAACUUACAAGAACCUCUAAUGCAAAAUAAAGAGAUCUGCUUUUCUACGGGUCUCUAUGGGACAAAAACUGAAUUUGACGCACCUUGUGUUGAAGUUCAUGAGAAUUAUCCACCACAGACUAAGUAUGAAAAAGCAACUACUAUGUUGCCAACUACAGUACAUGAUGAUAAAUAUGAGGCUAUCUCGGAUGAUGAUGAACCAAUGAAAUCAUUUCAUCCAGCUCGCAGUGAACAAGAAUUGAGUCCAGCUAUUGUUAGACAAUCAACGUCUAGUCUACAUGAUACAGAUGAUAUGAGUAGAAUAGUAUCACCCUCAUUGUUAGAUAUAAAGAAAAGGGUAAACAAUGAUGAAUAUGUUUCACUAAAAGAUUUUAAUCACGAUAUGAAAGCUGUUAUUGAGAGAACAUUAAGUGGAGACUUAAAAACGAUAUACAAAGAUUUGUUCUCAGAAACAUUUCCGUGGUUUGACUGUGAAAGUAACUGUUUACAGCCUAAUUUGGAAGUAGAUGGAGAAUAUGAUGAUUCAGAAUCUCUAAAAGAUCAUGAAAUGUCUGACAGCAAAGGCAUCAAAGCUGCUGUUUCUUUGAUUGAGAGACCUCUAGAUCAAAUAGUACCUAAAUUAGAAUCAGAUGGACAAAAGUUAGAAGAAGAUCUGUUAGAAUUUUAUCCAGUUUUAGAUUCGAGAAUUUGUAUUCUAUGUAAAGGUGUUGGUGACGGCUCCCCUGCUAUGGAAGGGCGACUUUUGUACUGUGGUCAAAAUGACUGGAUUCAUGCUAACUGUGCUUUAUGGUCAGCUGAAGUUUUUGAAGAAAUUGAUGGCUCCUUGCAAAAUGUUCAUUCAGCUAUAUCCAGAGGAAAGAUGAUUAAAUGUGCGGCUUGCGAAUUGAAAGGAGCUAGUGUAGGUUGUUGUGCGAAAAAUUGUAGCGAAACUUACCAUUAUGCUUGUGCUCGGAAAGAACAAUGUGCUUUCUUGGAUGACAAAAGAGUUUUUUGCCCUCCACAUGGCAAAGACAUUCCUAUGAAAAGUUUACAAAAAGAUACAGAUUUUGAACUCACCAGACCUGUCUAUGUGGAAUUAGAUAAGAAAAAGAAGAGAUACAGUGAAAUAAGUAAAGUACAGUUUAUUCUUGGUUCCUUGAUUGUAAACAGUCUUGGGAAGAUUGUGCCAUCAGUAUCUGAUUACGAAGAUUUUUUGAUGCCUGUUGACUUUUCGUGUACUCGACUCUUCUGGUCAAGCAAAAAACCAUCCAAAAUAGUCAGAUACACAAUCAAAACAAAGUUGAUAUUGGCUGAGCCAUUGCCUGGAUUUGAUUUUGGUGUGAACAUCACAGUGGAUCAUUCAAACGAAGUACACAUUGUGGAAAGAGUAAUGGCUGAAAUUGGUGCUUGGCAUGAAAGUAUAGAAACUGCUUCCAGUAAAACUGUAAUAAUGCUUAAAAGUGACAAAUCUCCUAUAAAAUUUGGAAGUAACAUGACUUUAGAAGAUCUUGCUGUGAAACAAGUUGUUGAAUAUCUUCUUGAAAAUGUUUGUAGACAAGAGCAGCAAGAUGAUGAGGAGCCUCAGAAUACGGCAGAUCUAUUUCCACCAGAAGUAAAAGAUGCUAUAUUUGAAGACCUUAAUCACGACCUGUUAGAUGGCAUAUCUAUGCAAGAUAUAUUCCAAGACUUGAAAAAUGAGUUUUACUGUGCCAUGAGCCAAUCUGAUGACAGAAGUAACGAUAAAUCUGAUUUUAUUGACGAAUUGCUGAAUGCGAGAUUAGAAUCAGGUAACAAAGAAUUAAAAAGAAGUAAAUCUGAAAUGCUCUUACAAAACCACAGCCUUAAAACAUUGACUACGGGUCGAGGACAGCAAAGAUCUAGCAGCCUAACAUGGAAUAAUAAAUUCGAUACAAGUUUAUUGUCCUCAACCAUAAAACGGUGUAAAAUGGGAAAGUCUUCAACUGUGACAGGAAAACUUAGUCCUGUUCAGCGUGUUGCAUUGUUAGAGAACUCAUUAGACGCAAUAAAGGAGCCAGAAACGGACAGUAUUGAAAAGAAGAUUAAACCUGAGACUGUUACCAGUAAUAGUUUAUGUGAAGAGGCACCACAUACAUCAGGAUUAAACUACUGUAAUACAUCUCCAAAAGAAAAAGUAGAGAAUGUUACAGAGAAGACCGAUAAAAGUGAAGGAUAUUACACAGACGUCAUUGAUUUUUACACCAAAAUACAGUGCAGCCCCAUAUCCCAGUUAGAUGGAGCAGCAGAUUGGUCAGGCUCAGAAAGUACAUGUAGCUCAAGACCAAAUAGUCCGAGAGGAAACGAUGAUGAUUUCUCACCAAUACCUCAGCUAGACGGUGCUGAUGAAAACCAUCCUGGCGGCGAUGGUAGUUCAAGAAAUCCACCGAAUCAAUUUUUAUAUAGAGCUAGUGGAACUGAGAGUACAUACACAGUUACUAUUGCAGGCAAUUCAAUAAAUGGUCAACCAGAACUAGUUAUGAGGCCAAUAGAUGGUAUAAAUGUACCUGGACAAAUGGAACAACCAGUAAGAUGUGACAGAUGCCAAUGUACCUAUAGAAAUAAAGAAUCGUAUGACAGACAUAUCCCAAGUUGUGAUAUGAUGUCUACAAGUGAAAGUGAGAGUGAGAACCCAAAAUCUCCAGAGAAUAGGACAUUGACAACAUUACAAAAUGCUUUCCAAGGAGCAUUUGCGCAACCUAUGAUUAUACAUGCUGGGGUUGUUAGUGGAAGUGAAAACACCGUUAAGGCCGAAAGCAUAUCUGCUCGAAGAACCUCGAUUAACACUAGACAAAUCACAAUCAACGGAACGAUCGUAGAGACACCUUCGCCCGGCCCAGCAAAUGAAAUGACAAUGACUAUAACAGAGCAAAUGAAAUCAGGCACUGUAAUCUUUGAUCAAGGAAAAACUACUAAUGUUCAGGUUUCGGCGAGUCAACAAGUGUUAUCUUCCCCACAAAUAGUAGUGACUCCUCAAAUGAUACUUCCUCCGAAAACUAGUACUGCUGGCGGACAGAAAAUAAUGGCUCCGCAGAUCAUAACGCAACCUUCAUUACUCCCAUACAAUAUAUGCGUGAAACCAGGAAAUGGUACUAAUAUACAGCAGAUUCAAGGGAGCGAUAUGGCCCAAUUGCUAUCGGGAACAGGAGGGAUACAAGUUAUAUCGUCUAAUCCUAAUCAAGUCUUGGCAAUACCAUCAAACCAAGGAAAUAUGUCAAUGAUUCAAGGGAAAAAUCAAAUAUCCAAUUUUCCUAAUAUGGCUAGUGCGUCAUCAAUCGCCUUACCCGUAAAUUCGAUGCCGAAUACUUCUAUUAUACAAAAUAUUCAACCUAUGAUACGUCCACAAAUCCAAGGCAAUCCUACAAUUGUUGUACCAGCCAUGACAGCGCAACGACUUGCAUCACCUAAUACUCAAAAUAAGCAACAAAUAUUAAUGCCAAGUACUCCCCAAAAGUCGCCCAAGAAACAACCGGCCCCUGUUCAACCGAAACCAAUUUUCCAACCAGCGAAUAGAGGCAGAGCUCGACCAAUCCCAAAACCAACUAUCAAAAGACAAACAAAACUUGAAAAGACAUUUACAACAAUUAAUCAACCAUUAGGACCUGGAAAUACUGUCAUACAAUUGCAAACCAAUAAUCAAACAGGUCAACCAUCUAUAAUUGUACAACCAGUCGCAAAUCAAAAUAUAAUGUCUGCUUAUGUCGAAGCACUGUCUCAACAACAAAAUCAAAAUAUGCAAUACAUUGCGACGAUUGCACCUCAGGGCGAUUUCAAAGGACCUACUCAAUUCAUCUCACAAAGUGGUCUAAUGCCACAAACUUUCCAAAUACAACAAACUGAAUCUGGUGGAUUAGUGGCUGUACCUAGUGGAGGUAUACCAGUAUUGCUGCCACAAGGAAAUGUCGGAAUUCUUCCUCAGGCCAUUCAGCAAGGUGCUACUAUUUUACCACAAGGCACAAUACAGCAAGGAAUAUUAUCACAAGGGCCUAAUGGACCCACUAUCUUGCCGCAAGCAAUUCAUACCCAAAAUGGUACCACCAUAAUACCACAAGGAACUAUACAAGGUCUGGGUCCAGGAAAUAUAACAUCUCAAACAGCAACUCUUCUGCCCAACAAUACAUUGCAAACUGCUGGUGCAACAGUAGUUCCCCAAAGCGGAAUUGGCAAUGGACAAACUAUAAUACCUAACGCUUUACAAUCGCAAGGAAAUACGCUAAUAUCUCCUGCUCCUGGUACCACCAUAUUGCCUCAGGGAACAUUGUUGCCUCAAUUCUGCAAUGAUCAAGUGCUUCUAGGUUCCACACCAACCUUGGAAAUGGUCACAGAUCCAUCAGGUUGCAUGUAUUUAACUACUACACAGCCUGUUUAUUAUGGUUUGGAAACGAUAGUGCAAAACACAGUGAUGUCUUCCCAACAAUUUGUAUCGACUGCAAUGCAAGGUGUUCUGGCACAAAACAGUAGUUUUUCAGCUACAACUACUCAAGUGUUCCAAGCGAGUAAAAUAGAACCUAUAGUUGAGGUGCCUACAGGCUAUGUAGUUGUCAACAAUGUCGGAGAUAGCGUGACACAAGUAGCUUCUUCUGCACCUAAUGUAGUUACCGCACAAUCUGUUCAAUCAUCGCCACCAACAAUGAAGAACGCAAAAGCUUCAAUACCGAAUUUGACAUUACAGCCUCUGCCUGAUAAAUCAUCUAAUAAUAAUAGGCAAACACCUAAAGUUGUUCAGAUGAGUCCGUCGCCUAUAGCUGUUUGCUCUCAAGGCACACCGGGAAAUAUGAUGCAAGGACGGCAGACUAUAAACCCAAUAACCUCUCAAAUACACAGUAUGACAAUAUCAAGUUCAUCACAGAACUUACAAAGAAACACGAUCUCGAAACCAAAUUGUUCUAUUUCGAUGACACCAAAUGUCACGCUUGUUUCGUCAACUGGUCAUCCUGUUAUGGCCAUUUCUCAGUCAGUUCCCAAUUCUGUUCCAUCUUUCUCUAUGCAAUCUAUUCCGCUAUCUCAACCCAUUGUAUCCAGUUCUAUUGCUCCAUCUUUGAGUAAAAGUAACGUAAAAAUGGAAAAUUCGCAUGUGAUUGAAAUAAGUGGAAAUUUACAUGAGAACUCAAGUUCUUCUAAUAUGCCGAUCAUUAGUGUGACUCAGAGUAUUAAAUCACCCACACCCUGGAGACAAAUCAGUACACCAAUCUCCACAAGCAACAUGGAAAAUAAAUUAGAAAUACAAAAUAUGACUGUAAAAACAAGUAAUAUGAAUAGUUCUUCAAUGAGUAUUCAAAGCAAUAUGGGACCUGUGCGACCCCAUUCACAAAACGAUGUUGAAAAACUUAAUCAGAGUUGUUUGAUGUCAUUGCCAAAUAGUAACAGCAGUGUGAAUUUGCAUCCUCAUCAGUUUGAUACGAAUCUGAAUGUAAGCCAUCAUUCAUCAGUACAUUCAUCAGCAAAUAACGUGAUUCAAAUAACAGCUGGAAACAUUUAUCCACCAUCUUCAAUUGUGAACAGUAAUUUCGAUGCUGACACUACAUUAAAAUUGAGUAAAAUUAAUGCACUUUCAAAGACUGAAGGUGGACAUUUGAAUUUCUCACAAGAAAUAAUGGCUUCCCAUUCACAACAGAAUGCUCAAAAUGAUAAAGCUUUCCAAAAUAUGGGCCCUAGUGACAAACAUAAUGUAGACAUGCCAAGCCAAAUCAACAUACAUAAAUUAAACAGUUGCCAGGUAGCUGGAAACUUAAAUAACAAUCCAGCGAUCAGUAUUAUACCACACAAUGUGAUGCGACCACAAUUACAGAACAAUCAAAACUCGAUGUCGAUUCAACAACAUUCGACAAAUAAUCAAAACUUAAUGUCGAUUCAACAACAUUCUACAAACAAUCAAAACCAAAUGUGUGCCCUUUCAAAUAAUUCGACUCAUAAUCAGAUGCAAUUAAUGAACUCUGGCAAUAAUUCUCUUCAAAAUAUAAACUUAUCAUGUCAAGAAGCUUCAAAUUCCAGAGCUAACAUAACAGUUUCAAGUGAAAACAGUUUACAACAAAAUAACCAACCUCAUGACAUAUCAAACAUUGCUAUGAAUAACUCCAGUUUACCUCAUGGAAACAUGCAAAUCAUACAACAUGACAGUCAGCAUGUAGGACCUAGUUCCAUUCAUAUUAUGGGUGGUCAAAUUCAACACAACCGACAAGUAGAGAAUAAUCAACAACAUAACCAACAUCAACCGUUGAGCCAAGGCCCAUCAAGUAGGUCUUUUCACGAUAAUAUGAUAAGUGGUCAACAAGCACACAGCCAAAAUAAUAUGAUGUCAAAUAGAAGCACCCCCGACAGUAACAAUAUAUUAAAUCAAUCGAUAAAUAUGCAUGGUAUAUCAAAUAAUCAUAAUUUAAAUAGAAGUGAUCUAAAUGACAUGAAUCAUAUGCAUAUGCAACAGUCUAUGUCUAAUAUGAACAAUUUGCAGAAUAAUCGUAUGAUGAUGGAAAACAUGUCUGCUCAUAAUGUUAACAAUAUGGGGCAUCAAAUGCAUCCCAGUCGACCAGUAGAAAACAUGCAUGGCACGCAACUUCACAACUUACAACAGAUGAAUCAUCAUAUGAAUAGCAAUUCCCGGCAACAAAUGGACAUGCAUGUAAAUCAACAAAUGAGCUUACAACAAAAUAGACAGCAAGAUAAUGUUGGUCACCAUCAUCAACAUCAGAUGUCAAAUGUAAUGCAGAUGCAGAACAAUCGGUCUCAUAUAGAUAACAAUAUGAUAGGAAUGCAUCAACAUGUUUCUAAUCAAAUGCAUAACAGACAACAGAUGGAGAAUAGUAUGCACAUGCAUCACAUGUCUGGAAAUAAUAGUAUGAAUUUGGGCAAUCAGAUGGAUAAUACUAAUACAAUGUCAAAUAUGCAUGGCAACAGACAUGAAACUAACACUGUAAGCAUACAGAAUAUGAAUGUUAUGAAUCAAAUUCAGAACAAUAGAAACUCACUUGAACAUUCAUCUAUGAUGCAACACCAAAUGAAUAAUAUGAACUCGAUUACCAAUAUGAAUAUGCACAGUAGUAUGAACAGUGCUAUGCAAAUGAACACCACAAAUCAUCAAUCAAUGACUAACUCUCUUAUGCAUGUUACACCAGAUAUAAAGAAUGAAAUGCAAAAUUCAUGUAGUGGGAGCUGUUCAAAUAAUUCUUCGCAAUUUACAAAUAAUCAAAAUUCAUUUGAGAUGCAAUGUAAUAAUUUAAAUUCCAACAACAACAUGAACAUGGGUGCUAGUAAUAUGAUGCAUGGUAUGAACAUGAAUAGUUCAAAUAUGUCGAACAAUAUGAUGAUGAAUUCAGUAAACAGCAAUUCCUUAUAUGGUUCUGGUGGUCAAAACAAUAUUACUGGACAUGAUAUGCUAAUGAGUUGCAACAACUCAUCUGAUCACAGUGUUAACAAUAUUAUGCCAAGCAACAGUAAUCACAUGAUGAUGACUGCUUCACAGACUCAUUCCAAUAACAAUCAAAACCAAAUGUUAAACUCGCAAGUUCCUAGUAAUUCUCCAAUUAAUAUAAGUAAUUGUAAUUUGUCCACGAAUAAUGGACCUCAAAAUCAGAUGAGUAAUUUAGAUCCACAAAUAAACAGGAACAGUAUAAAUGAAUCACCUAAGUUCCCUCCAGAGUCAAUAAGAGGAAAGAAUGUCAUGGGUCCAAUGCCAAGCAGCAACAUUUCAAUGUCUAAUAUUUCUAACAAUGAUUGUGCUAAGGUAAAUAUUGUAAGCAAUGAAAAAUCAAAUCACAAUAUUUCAGUAAGUGAUCAAAUAGGAUACAUGCAAAUGAAUUCACAAAACAAUAUAAUAAUUUCUGAAAGAAAUCGCCUAAAUAACUCAAACGUACAAAAUAACAUUAACCAACAUGUACCACAGCAACACAAUAUUCGUGUAGUUACAAAUAACAGUAAUAGUAAUGUGACUGGAAUAUCUGCAGAACCUUUGUCGUUCCAACAAAAGAGUGAAAAUAGCAGUACCAUGAUAAACGUGCCCUUUCAAGCUAUACCUAACAGUGCUCCAAUGAAUAUAAACGUGAAUUCUAGUAAUAACACUGUAAAUAUUACUGUUCAGAACAAUCUUGUUGAUCCUAAGAUAGCCUCAAAAGCUAAUGCAGACAUUAAUUUCCCAAUUCAAGCUAAUACUAAUAUGAUACAAAACCCAAACAACGGAUCUGGAAACAUGAUAUGCAUACCUGUUCAAAAUAAUCCCAUCAAUUUACCAACACAAAAUAGUUCCAGUAUUACGUUACCAAAAGCUCCUCCAACUCAGCAAUCAGGCAUUCCAACAAAUGUUGUAAAUCCAAUGUCAAUGAGACCUAUGAACAGAGUAUUACCUUUACAUAGAGAUGGACAAAAGUCAAAGAAUUCUACAAAAACAUCAGCAGUACCAAAACGUCCAGUAAGUCACGAUAUGCCAGAUUUGAAUAUUAAAGAUGAAACUAUCGACAGUGACUUAGAAAAGGCAAUAGAAGAAUCCAAACGUAUGAUGGAAUUAGAACAAGCUAAAAGGAAGAAAGAGGAUCAAGUUGUGUCUCGGGCAAUACAGCUAUCCACGGAAACGCACCAAGCCAACACAAGUUCGGCUCCAGCUGAGAGUACAAACACGCAUGGUAGCACUCAUAUGGAAGUUAAUACUAAAAUUAAUUCUUUGCCAAGCUUGGAUUCAGAAAUGGCUGAACUGCCACCAAAGCCAUUGAUCGAAAAAGACACAAACAGAAAUUCUGUACCAGGCAAAAUAUCAAAUGCUCCUAGCAAAGUUAUGAAGAGACCUUUUAAUGAUAAAAAGUCUGAAUCUGAACCAAUUUUGACGAAAAAGCAAAGCAAAACAUCAAAAGGUCAGGAAAAUAAGUCAACACUGCCAAAACAAACACCCGACCCUUCUAAAGAUGAUGGACCAAAAUUGAUAUAUGAAGUGACAUCUGAAGAUGGAUUCAAUUAUUCUUCAUCAUCUUUAACUGAUCUUUGGGCAAAAGUUGUGGAAGCUGUUCAAAACGCAAGAAAACAAAAUGGUUUGCCAUUAAUUAACUACAAUUUACCAUCAAGUCUAUCUGGAGCACAUUUACUGGGACUCAAUAACAACGCGCUCCGAUAUCUCAUUGAGCAACUACCAGGGGCAAGUCGCUGUACCAAAUAUAAGAUUCGGCAAGGUCGGCAGCUCAACAGUUGGGACAACGAUUUAGACCUGAGUGAAGGCUUCAAGGAAAGCCCUUGGGGUAGCGCCCGGACUGGACCUAUUAUAAGGAAACAAAAUCAUGAUAUGUUCAGUUGGAUGGCAUCACCAUUCCGGGAAGAACCCCCGCCGUUCGGAGGACAAGAUGGAGAGAGUUCUAUUUCGAGGCGUUUAGCUACUCUCCCACCAGCAAUGAGGUUUAGACAACUGAAAGAAACAUCUAAGGUUUCAGUCGGUGUUUACAGAUCACAUAUACACGGGCGAGGACUAUUCUGCAAACGAGAUAUUGAAGAAGGUGACAUGGUAAUCGAAUACGCGGGCGAAGUGAUACGCGCAGUCCUGGCCGACCAGCGCGAGAAGCGGUACGAGGCGAUGAGCGGGCGGCGUGGCGUCGGCGGCUGCUACAUGUUUCGGAUCGACGACAACUUAGUGGUGGACGCCACCCUCAAGGGCAACGCGGCGAGAUUCAUCAACCAUUCCUGUGAUCCUAAUUGCUACUCUCGUGUCGUCGAUAUACACGGUCACAAACACAUCUUGAUAUUCGCCCUCCGGCGUAUUACUGUCGGCGAAGAACUCACAUACGACUACAAGUUCCCCUUCGAAGAGAUAAAGAUACCAUGCACGUGUGGCGCCAAGAAAUGCCGCAAGUACCUCAACUGAAGGACACGUGAGUGUGAUUUCAGUGUCAAUUAAGGGUUUACGUGUAGAACAAAGGACUAUUCAACAUCACUAAAAAAAUUAUCGAGUAUCAUUGCUUGUAUUGUAGCAUAAUUAUAAAAGUACAUUGAUUAGACGUUUAUUUCUAGGAAAUCGAAAAGUUCUCGUGUAAGCUUGCCUUUUCUACUAGAUCGUGUUGGUUUUCUUCACUGGGUAAUGACGGUUUUUUAUCAAUUAAUUCAUAUGUUUGUGUAUUGAUAGUACUGAGAGGCCAGGUGUUGUAUAAUGAGUAAACACAACGAAAGUGUGCAGCGUUGCUGCUUCAAGAUGCUCAAGAGCAUAAAUGGAUAAUUAUCAUCGGAUGAGAUGUAGUGCGCGAAGUGCUUUAUUUGGCUCGAAAUAUGAUUUUUACUGACUCAGCCGCCGCAACACAUUAUAAAUAUUUUAGUUUUGCUCCUGGAAAUUACCCGAACUAUAACGAAUCGGACCAGCGAAGCAACCUCCCAGAUAUAGUGGAAAUGGCGAUUAGGAAAGUUGAAUAUUGAUGGAUCUCCUUAAUUCUAAGAAAUUGGAAUUAGGAAAUGAUUGUGACAAAUUGAAAUACUGGGUUGACGAUAAUUUUUCGUGUACAUAUUUAUGUAUUUAAGACAAUAAGUCAAAUUCACAUAUCCCAUUAUACCCACCUUACAUCUUGUUUUAUUACCAUUGCUGUGAAUUGGACAAAUGAAGUUUGAAUCUUAUAAUGAUCUCUUUCUCGAAUCUGCCCAGUUUUUGUUUAAAUUGAUGGAUUGUAUAAUUUGGAAUUAGUGGUAUAUAAUUUUUAUUUUGUGAUAAGUUUAUAAAUUUUGUAAGUAUUAAAUUAGAUGGUUCGCGAACGGCUUAAGUGUUGUCAACACUUAAUUUAAUGUGAUAUGUGUUAGCCCCGGAUUUGGGUAUGAGAUGGUUAGUGCAUAGUUAAUGUAUAUUUGUUCCUCAUUUCGUUCUUACUUCUUUUUACUUGUGAUCAUCUAAGUCUCGACUAACAUAGUUUUUUAAAUGUACAUAAUAUUUAAGAGUAAAUUAUAGGACAUAAUAACAAUGAAAUUAGUACAUUCAAAAAAGGGUAGCAAAGUUACAAGUACAAUGUUACUUUUUAGUAAUUUUAACAAGUAUUGUAUAGUAAAUUGUAAAUAAGAGAAAUUAUCUGUCAUAAUAACGAGGUUAAGCGACAAUUCGUUUUAUUGUAGUCAUAUAAUGGUAGGUUGUAUUUUAUAGAAAUAUUAUGUUGUGGUGUAAAUAAUAAAAUAUUCAUACGAGUAGGGAGGGAGUGGAGAUUGUUGCUGCUGUUCGGAAAGGGGACACGGCGGGAUAUUGUUGAGUGCUCCCAAUUAAUGCACGUUUUAAAAAGAAAUGCACAUUUGUUAGCUUUAAUACAGCACAGCCUUAAAAUCAUGUUUAAAAUCGGUUUAUGUUUGGAAUGCAAAAACCUUGAAUUGAUUGGCUAACUGGAUGAUGGUUUUAGCAUUUCAUUCUGAGCAUUUAUAGACUGAACCUGUAGGCACACAUCACAAAUAGUCAUCACAGACAGAGACCAGUUGAUAAUUUUGCUAGUGGUAAAUUGUGCAUUGAAUAAUUCACAAUCAUAGUAAUAUAAUAUUCAGAUGCAGAAACAAAAGGGAAAAGAAGGCAAUGGGUCAGAUGCCAUAGGAUAAAUAUAUGCUAAGUUUGUUGCUGCAUCUACAAAGCAGUAUUAAGGUGAUUAAUAUUUGCCCUCAAGUAUUUUAAAGAUAAACAAUAGAACAGAUUGAAGUAGUGUGGAAUGUCUGAUCAACAGAUUAUAGAAUAGUACUUUUCAAAAUUUGUAUGUAAAAUCGCUGAGCACCAAUAUUUUGGUUCCCAUCGAAUUUAGUGUCAGUAAUGUAUUUUGUAUUUUCAAUGUUCUAAAAAAAUACUAGCAUAAUGCUUGUGAUUUACUGUUUUAUGUAUUAUAACUAAAAAGAUCGGAAAGUACUGACUCUAUGAAACCACUUGUUACUUUGAAUUAUUUAUGUGACAUAGUUACAAAAAUAAAAUGUUUUGAAAAUAUUACAUACAUUGCGUCGUUAUGCCUGCUGGAUGCUCGUCAUAGUACAAUGUCUAAUGAAAAAACUAGUCUCAACAUUCUCACUAUGUCAAUUUGGAUAUACUAUGAUGUGUAUACAGUGUUAUGAAUGUAGAUUUAUAUUCUUUUGAUAAUUGAUUGCGAAUUGUUGAUUGUUUACAUUUGAUAUAACAAAUGUGAAUGUUAUAAUUUACAUCGAGUUGAGAUAAUAAAACAAAGUACAGAAAUGAAUUAUGAUUAACAUGUAUUUUUAUUAAAAAAAUGUUUUAUACACCUCAUUGUUUCUCUACUCCUUUUUCUUGUGUAUUGUAUUUAUCAUGAAAUUUGCUAUCAAUUUAUUUCAAAAAAAAAUUUGAAUUGUGAAUUGUUUUGUAACAUCGUUUGAAACGACAUUGUGACGUUGGAAUAAUACGCUUUAAUGUGCGAGUGUGCAUUCUGUUAGUCCUAUGUACAUCAUAUUUAAAAGACCAAAUCACCAAGUGAUGAAUCAAUUUGCGUUAAGAAUAAAUGUAAACAUCUGCUUUUGAUAUUAUUUUCUAUUUUUAAAAUGCUUUUAUUUUAAUGUACACAAUGCCAUUUUGCUUAAUGUUAUUAGAAAUUAUAUUUAAAUUGCUUUAAAAGCACCAAUUUUACAAUGCAUAGUUCUAUGACCUGUCUAUACAUUUUAUUACUUUAUUUAUUUCUAAUUAUUUUGUAUUGUGGUAAAUUUUACCAAAAAUAAAACUACUAAAAUGUGC